AUGAUGGUUCUGGCAAAUUCUGGUUCGGGCCUUCGGAAACAGGUUUUUCCCGUCGACUACGAAACCGAGGUAUCGCAGCGUCUUGUCGACGCUGCUCAUUACGGCGACACCGACGCUGCGUUUGAUUGUGUCGCCAAUCCCUCUGUCGACGUUAACUUCUUCGGAACGGUGUCGUUUAAGUCCAAAACGACGGAGAUCGUGCUGCAGGACGAGUCGCCUCACCGAGUUAGCACGGCGUACGAGGAGUUCAAGACCGAGCUCACCGCUCUGUUCCUGGCCGCGCACACGGGGAAUUUGACACUCAUUCGGAAGCUUCUGAAUGUUGGAGCUAAUGUAAAUAUGAGAAUGUUCCGGGGCUAUGCCACAACAGCAUCGGUGAGAGAAGGGCAUCUAAAAGUGUUGGAGGUCCUUAUCAAUGCUGGGGCAUCACAACAUGCAUGCGAGGAGGCUUUAAUGGAAGCAAGCUAUAUGGGGAGGGCGAGAUUUGCUGAACUACUCAUGCAGUCCAACAUGAUUCGUCCUCAAAUUGCAGUUCAUGCCCUUGUCUCUGCCUGUUGCAGAGGCUUCGUUGAGGUUGUUGAUGUACUCAUCAAGCAAGGAGUGGAUGCCGAUGCAAUUGAUAGGACUUUGCUUCAAUCUUCAAAGCCAUUUCUUCAUGCUAAUGUUGAUUGCAAUGCAUUAUUUGCUGCUGUGGUCAGCAGGCAGAUUAAUGUUGUUAGAUUACUGUUGCAGGUUGGCGUUGGGCUUGAUAUGAAGGUCAAAGUGGGGGCUUGGUCGUGGGACAGAGACACAGGAGAAGAAUUUCGAGUAGGUGUUGGACUAGCUGAGGCUUAUCCAAUCACCUGGUGUGCUGUGGAGUAUUUUGAAUCCACUGGUGCUAUAUUGCAUAUGUUGCUCCGCCAUCUCUCGCCUAAUAGCUUACACAUUGGGAGGAGUCUAUUGCACCAUGCUAUCAUUUGUAACAAUGAAAAAGCAGUACAUAUACUUCUAAACAAUGGUGCUGAUGCAGAACUGAUUGUGCAAACCACCGAAGAAACCAAUGAACACCCAAUUCACAUUGCUGCACGGCUUGGAUCAUGCAACAUUCUUCAGAACCUGAUUAAUGGUGGUUGUAACUUGGAUUCCCAAUCAAAAUGUGGAGAUACAGCAUUGAUGAUCUGCACAAGGCACAAACAUGAGAAGUGCCUUGGGGUCCUAGCAUCAGCAGGUGCUGAUUUGGGAAUGGUAAAUUCAUCUGGUCACUGUGCAACUUCAAUUGCACACCUUGUUCAGUGGACUAAAGUCUACCAGAAAGCAAUCUUGGAUGUAAUCAGAUCCGGGAAGGUUGUUAAAUCAAGCAAUGCCGCUAGAUUCUCCCCUUUGUUAUUAGUAACUCGUGCAAAUGACAUAGAGGGUUUGAAGAAACUCAUCGAAAAUGGGAACAUCAAUCUGAAUGAGCAAAAUGCUAAUGGUUUUUCUGCUGCUAUGGUAGCUGCCGUGGGGGGAUACGUGGAGGCUUUCAAGUUGCUUCUUUAUGCAGGGGCUGACGUUACUAAGCUUAAAAACAGAUAUGGUUUAACAGUACUGAACCUCAUAGACUUGAGCCAAAAUGGUGAACUGUUCCACAAGGUGAUGCUCGAAUAUGCACUUAAAAGGGGAGGCAAUGGUUCAAUUGAUGGAAACCCUCUCCACCGUGCAGCUUGCUACGGAGACAUAAACAUUGUGCACAAACUACUAAAAGAAGGGUAUGAAGUAAAUGCUUUUGAUGGUCAAGGAUAUACCCCUUUGAUGUUAGCAGCAAGAGGAUGCCGUGGUGAAAUGUGUGCGCUUUUGAUCUCAUACGGAGCUAAAUGUGAUAUUCAGAAUGAGAGACAUGAGACAGCCCUUUCACUUUCCAGAGAAAAUGGUUCAGGAAAUGAUGCUGAACGUGUGAUUUUGGAUGAGCUAGGUAGAAGACUAGUCUUGUGUGGAGCUCGUGUGAAGAAGCAUACAAAGUGUGGCAAAGGUUCACCUCAUGGUAAGUCACUAGUGAUGAUUGGUGCUGUUGGAAUCUUACGUUGGGGAAAAUCAAGUAAGAGAAAUGUGAUUUGUAAAGAGGCUGAGGUUGGACCUAGUGUGAAAUUUCGAUCGAAUCGUAGGAGGAAGUUGGAUGUGGAUGAACCGGGAAUGUUCCAUGUAAUUACAACAAAGAAUAAGCAGGUACAUUUUGUGUGUGAAGGUGGGGUUCAGAUGGCUGACUUGUGGGUAAGAGGGAUUAAAUUAGUAACCAGAGAAGCCAUUCUUGGUAGAAGAGCUCAUGACGUUUGA